UUUAGUCGUUGCUAUGUAUGAUCAACUUGUGUGAGAACUGAAAUUGAUGGAACGUAUAUGAUUUUAUUUUCAAUCCAGGACUACAGUUGUACAAUAGCAUUUGUGUGGUCUGCAUUUCUAGUUCGCUAUGGCGCGGUAUCUAAAUCAAAACAGGAGACUCUAAGAUUGGACUUGAUUGAUGAGCAAGCAGCAUCCGCAUACCGUGAUGCUGAUGUUCUUGUUUUUGACUCAUGGCACUGGUGGGUUCCUGGGAAAACCAAUAAUGGAAUUAACUUUUUUCGAGAAGGCGAUAACUUGUAUCCAAAGCUGGACAUAGAUAAAGCAUACAGAAAAGCCCUUACUACUUGGAGGAGAUGGGUUGACAAGCACAUUGAUUCUAACAAAACCCAAGUUGUUUUCAGAGGAUUUUCACCCACCCAUUUCAUAGGAGGGACAUGGAACACAGGUGGAGGAUGCAACUUACCAACAAAGCCAAUCCCAAGCAAUGAAACAUACAUAAAACCGGCACCUAUACAAUUGAAAAUGCUAGAAAGCACUCUUCAGAAAAUGAAGACUCCUGUUCUGUAUCUGAACGUCAGUAAGCUUUCAUAUUAUCGAGCUGACGCACAUCCUUCCAUAUAUCGUAAUAUCUACAAAAACUACACUGUUCAAGAGAGAAAUAAAGCUCCUCAGGAUUGCAGUCAUUGGUGCUUACCAGGCGUACCUGAUACAUGGAAUGAGCUGUUGUAUGCUGCUCUUCUGAGAGAUGGCAAAGGAAAUUUUGGUAAAUUGUAAGAAACCUGAAAAUUGUAAUCCAUUAUAUUGAAUCUAAGAGAUAGAAAUAUAGCAAGAAACAUUAAGGUAGUAUCUACAUUUAUAUAUUAACAAGGUUAAUCACCAGCAGAAAUCCUUGCCAUUGUUGCAAGUCUUACGAAAGGGUCAAAUUGUCAAAAGAGUAGUGGUACAUGAAUGUCUGGCUGGCUUCUUAUAAUUCUUAUCUCGAUUAUUAAUGCUGACAUUCACCAUCCGACUCCACCACAAACGAGAAAAAGAAAAAGAGGUAUGUGAGCUUGACUUGACUUUUAUCUUUUGCGAAUGUUGAAUCUUCAAAGAAUCAAAGGGAUGUUACCUUACAAAAUGGUUCAUCGUCUUCAGCACUAAUCACCAAUUUACUUACAAAAAAAAUUAACUAAUUAAUGGGAUUCCUUCCUGUGAAUUUUCACUACUUCGUUUCUCUUUUGGUUUUCACAAAUUCUGUUCAAGUUACAAAAUGGCACCGCCAACUUCACUAUUGUCAAGGAGGCAAUUACACAAACAACAGCCUAUUUGAGAAAAAUCUCAAUGAAACUCUAGCUUCUCUUUCAUCAAGCAUUAAACCCAAUAAAACAUUCUAUAACGUGAGUGUAGCUGAGGGCUUAGACAGAGUUUAUGGUACGUUAUUAUGUAUUCCAUUUACAGAUUGCAGGUAUUGUGCUCAUUAUGUAACUCAAAGAGCCAAACGAAAUUGUCCGAAUGGUAAAGAAUUUUUGGUAUGGGAUGAUGGAUGCAUGUUAAGAUACUCCAACAGAUCAAUCUUCUCUGUCAUGGAAACCGAACCAGAAGUUUCAGAGCAUACCUCCAAUUUUCUAGUAGAUACACAGUCCUCGCUUGGUAAAACAACUGAUGACUCGCCUUGUAUCUAAUGCUUCUUCUAAUGUUAGCAAUUCUUCUUCUAUAAUAAAUUUUGCAUCCAGAAGUAUGUCUUAUACAAAUACAACAAUAUACGGGACGAUGUCAACAUAUGGGUUAGUUCAAUGUACUCCAGAUAUAUCAACAAGUGACUGUGAAAGAUGCUUACUUUUAGGUGUAGACAAAAUGUUCAGAUUGUACCCUCCCGGCAGUGAUCAGGGAGGAGAUAUGACAACUAUUAGACCAAGUUGUUAUAUGAAGGUUCAGUUUUACCCUUUUUACAAUAUAACAGCAGCAAAUGCAUCGUCUCUCUCGCCUCCCGCCCGACCACGAAAAUCAA